AGUAUCUUUUCGGUGAGGUCUAGCCCGAACCGGGUAAUUUGCACGCGGCGUGGCUUGUGCAGUGGUGUUGAGGAUGCGGCUCUAGCUCAUUUUGGCGCGCCUAAACCACGCCGUAUCUCUCGACGAAGGCCAAGCCACACCCAAGCUGACGUCCCCUUACAGCCCGCAUUCCCUCAGACAGACCUUUAAUAAAAACAAGUUUCCCACGUCUACAGAGAUUCCUUUCCUGGCUCUCCCGUGUCGCUUCCCUUUUCCCCGCGCGCUCCUCCAACUCUCUCCAAUACGCCCAAUGCGACUUUCAACCCCUUCAUAACAUUCCUAGGAAGCGCAACCGCAGCGCACGCGAGCAAUUCUACAAGAUGAUUACAGGCGGCGGCGGAGGCAGGACGCCAGCGCUGGCGCAAUGGGCGGGCACACCGUCUAUCAAAGGCGCGUCGGAGUCAAUGCGGAUGGCUCUGCUCACGCUCUCCUUAGUUGGUCUACAAGUGACUUGGAAUGUGGAAAUGACCUAUUGCACGCCGUACCUCCUCGAACUCGGUCUCACAAAGUCGAAAAUCUCGCUCGUCUGGAUCGCCGGACCGCUAUCUGGCCUCAUAAUGCAACCUAUCGUCGGCGUCAUUGCGGACCGCUCGAAGAGCCGAUGGGGAAGGAGGAGACCGUUCAUGGUGGGAGGGACAGUUCUGGUGUCGAUGUUCUUGCUGCUGCUGGGCUGGACAAAAGAGGUGGUAAAGAUGUUCAUGACCGAAAAGGAAGCAAUCAAGAGCGCCACGAUUGUCCUGGCCGUGCUGAGCAUCUAUGGCAUAGAUUUCGCGAUCAACGCCGUCCAGGGGAGCUGUCGAGGGCUAAUUGUGGACACUCUUCCCAUUCCGAAGCAGCAGCAAGGGAGCAGCUGGGCAAGCAGAAUGGUUGCUGUUGGGUCGCUCGUCGGAUACGCUGCUGGAGCGAUUGAUCUAAGAAAGGUCUUCGGGUCAAUGCUGGGCGAUUCGCAGUUCAAGCAACUGACUGUUGUGGCAGCGCUUUGUCUAUGUAUAACCGUGGGGGUGACGUCUUGGGCGGUUACGGAGCGUGUCUUGAUCAGCGAUGGGAAAGAAGAGGAGGAGGAGCUGGGGCCGUUACAGGUCUUGACGACGAUUGCAAAGGCAGCCAUAGACCUACCGAGGGGGAUCCAAGCCAUCUGUUUUGUGCAGUUCUGGGCCUGGAUUGGCUGGUUUCCGUUCCUAUUCUACAGCACCACCUGGGUCGGCGAGAUAUAUCUUCGAUACGAUGCCCCUGCAGAAGCCAAGGCAGCUGGAGAUCUAACGGGCCAGGUCGGUCGCAUUGGCAGCCUGGCGUUGAUUGCCUUUUCCAUCAUCACAUUCGUCAUGUCCGUCUUCCUUCCAUUCUUCGUAAAGAGCCCAGAGGAAGAGGCCCACGGAUUUACUCCACGCCCGCCGGCAAGCAUUGCCUCAUUCGUAAUCGAAGUGGAGAAGUACAAGCCUUCUUUGCUUACCACCUGGACAAUCUCGCACUGCAUCUUUGCCGGCUCUAUGAUCAUGGCGCCGUUUGUCCAGUCACUAAGAAGCGCGACGGUCAUUGUUGCUGCUUGCGGGAUUUCAUGGGCAAUCAGCUGCUGGGCUCCAUUUACGUUCCUAGGCGUCGAGAUCAACCGCCUCUCGCAGAGUAGCCAUCCUUAUGGCCACCUCGGGCGCAAUUCCAUCGAGCUCGAAUCUCCAGUACAGCUACAUCUCAAUCACGGAUUGGAGGAAGCCUCAAGCUCGACGGGAGAGAGCUCUGGCAAGUAUCUCGGCAUCAUGAACCUCUACACGACGCUCCCUCAAUUCGUCGGCACGGGUAUUUCGUGGGUAGUUUUCUCGUUGCUGGAGCCGGGGAAGAGCCCAGAACUCUCCAAGGAAACCGAUCCGUCCGAGCACCACUCGACCGACGGGCCGAAUGCAAUUGGCGUCUGCCUCUUCAUCGGCGCGCUCUGCGCACUGGUAGCGGCCUUUUCGACGAGACGUCUGAAGCGCCUUCAGGGUUACUGAUACCGAUGCGGCAAAGUACCCGAUGACCAGGUUCGGGCUUUCGCGCUGACGUCUCAACGCGGUUUACGCAAGGACAGCGCCUUCUAUUUUUGGAUUCAGGCAGGCGCAAUGGAGACGGCGGCAUCGGCACAAUUUUUUAGAUCGAUCUGGUUUGUUCUAGAAGGAAGGAGGGCGGCGCCCCGGGCAUGUCGGCGUUCGAUACCAGGAUAGAUUUUUGUGGAUUGAUAAGGCUGCGACGGGACGACGACGUCGAAGCUUAUGUAUUAAUACGUAUUGGCAUGGCCAACUUCGGCGACCCC